CGGGUCAGUCAAUAGUGAGGUAAAACGUGUGGCUUGGGAGGGGCCGGGACUUAAAGGGAACAGGCAGGCAAUCCAACGUAGCACUUUCACUUUGAGCUGCGCCUGUGUCUGAGUGGAGAACACAAGGAGUGACCAGAGGCUGAGGAGCGGGGGGCCCGCGUCUCUGCCGCUUCAUCCAUUGACCAGUUUUUUUUUUUAAGGAACCCAGGAGCGCUUAAAAUUCAGGAAAAUUCCAGACAGGGAAAAAAAAAAAAAAAAAAAAGAGGAGGGGAAACAGCAAGAAGAAAAAAAAAAGAAGCUUUGAAAACGAAAGAAGGCUGCAGCUCACUCCGGGGAUUAGUGGGGAGACUCCAAAGUGAAAGAGGGUGAUGGCGUGUGGUAAUUAAUGGGCCAAGUAUUGGAAAGUACCAGAGGAAACCAAAAGAAGAGAAUGCACUGAGGGAUGUGAGCAGCGGGGACUGAACAUCGCGCGCCGAGUGAGAGAAAAGGCACAAGCGUGAUCCGUCAGAGACCUCAACAAGCCACAGAGAAGGAAACUUUGCCUUUCACAGAGUGACACGGCUGAAGGGGCGAUUGCUGCCACCAAGAGACAUGGAGAAGUGUCCAUUCCUGGAGAGAUAAAAUGCCAGGUCUACUCUUGCUGCUGCUAUUUAUUGUCCAAUGUGGCGCAUGCGACUUUGACCUGAAAGGCGUUGGGAACAUAAAGGCUACAAUCGAUUCUAAUCCAACUGGAUUUCGGUCUGUAUUCCCUAAAGAUUAUCGUGUAGUGCACCACUACACCCGAAGCAUGCUGUGUGAAACUGAGCCGUGUUGCGUGUUCUCUGCAGCAGUGGUCCUUGUACAGUCCUGGCACACGCUCCUCACCAACCUCUGGGACCAGCAUCUCAACUACACCUUCAUCUUUGAGCUGAAGCAGACACUGGAUAGAAUUGUCGGACAGAACGAAAAUAUAGGGAGGUUCCAGGAGGAGACGGAUUUCGACCAGUACCCCACGUUGUCCUCCUCCCCAGAAGAACUCUUAAUUCUAACGUCAGAACUGUUUGCUCGGUGGCUCCAGGUGGGUUGCUCGCCUACCAUUAAAACUUGUCUGCCGCCCACAUUGCCGCCCUUUGCUGAAAGGAAGGACUACGGACCAGUGAGGGUCAGGCUGUUGACCACCCGAGCCAUCAGCAGCAAGGAAAACCGACUUGGGAAAAUAAUAGACAGUAAACCACCGUCGUCCUGCGGAAGAGCUCUGUCCCAGCCUUGCUCUGCAGCUUUCUGGAGUCCCUUGUUAUUGUUCUUGUCGUUUGGAAUCUACUGGUAGCAGCGAUUUGUUUUAUUGCACAGUAAUGCAGAUCUUAUCUGGCACUGAAUAAUUUGAGUUUUGUUGCAGUAAGCUUUGCUAAAAUGAAGCAACAUGCACAGGCUGAGUCAAAUGCCAAAAGUCAGCUAAAACCUUGCUCUGUUAUAUCAUAUGUAUGUUAAACCUUAUAGUCGCUCUCUUGGGGGACAAAAAAAAGCCACAAGCUCCAGCUAAUUGUGCUUUUCAUGCUAACAAGAGAUCCAAACUGAGCUAGUCAGUGCACAUAAGCCAUUCUUUGUGGUUGUCUCACUGUUUACAAAUGAAUGUUGUGGGAGUUUAUUUCUGUACAUAAAUGUAAAUUAAAGUCCUUUAGGUAUAUGCAUUGUUAGCAUUUGUUUCAAAUUAGAAUUAUUCAGUAACUUAUAUUUAUUAUUAUGGUUCUUUUGUUGUUCAUCAAAGAUGGAAGAGUGCAUAGGCUCUUGUAAAUGAACUGAAAAUGUGAGUUUAUCUUCUCUCCAAGGCAUUUAUCAGAUAGUAAAUGUUGCUGCACGGAUCAUUGCUCUGUUACAACCUGAAACAGUAAAAUGCUUCUCCUCGUACGCUUUAUUUUACAGCUUUAACAGCUUUGAUUUCUUUAUAUUUGCUUCAUUUGAACAACGUAUUCUGUGAGUUACCUUUUGUUCACGCAAGACGCUUUGGUGGUCCUUUUUAUUGUUGAGAUGCUUUUGAUUAUGCUCCUGGAAUGUCGUAUUUACAGUAUGUAUUCAUGUGAGGUGAACUGUGACAGCUAUUUUUGAAUGACACGGACAAGUCCCUAGGAGUCAUCUUGCCAGUCGGAUGAAAGCAGGGAAAUUCAAAGAUAAGCUGCAGGCGGGGGGGAGGAAUGCAUUGUCACGACCUGGCUUCUGUCUGAACCUAUAUGAGGAAUUAAAGUGCAAUCUUUAUGCUA